AUGAGCGCUCCGCCCCCGCCUCCGCCCCAUGGUGAGGCCCCGAAAACCACGGGCGGGAGCGGACUGCCACCGGGCAAAUAUGACAUAUUCGUCAUCCCAGAGCACUCGGCCGGUGCGGGCUUCCUCUACCUGCCAUCGCUGCGACCCAAUAUCAACAGCUUCGUUGCCGGUUUUGCUAGCGCCUUGGCCGUUGUUGCUGUUGGCCAUACUUUGGCACCAGCAUAUAGGGUAUGGUCGGCAAACUACCAGGGAAUAGGAGACUUGGGGAUGAUGAUGCUCGUGGUCGCUGUCGGGCUCGGCGCAUGGGCACUUGGCCGCAUACAAAACGACAAGUCGGGGUCCGGUGCUGGGACAGGCUUCAAACGAGGCUUUGAUGGUUUUGGACAGGGCGGUGGGGCCGGCGCAUAUGCAGCGGGUGGUAACGCUGGUUACACCUCCGGCUCGACACCACAGCAAGGUCCCACACCGUAA